GGUUUCUCAGAGCUGCGGCGCACUUCCGGUGGAGACGUGGCUCUGCGCUGCUGCUGCCAUAUUGACGCCGUGAAGCUAACAACCAACACUUUCCACGCAUCUGUACAUCCUUCUGCGAGCAAAAGCCACGGCAGCGGGGCACACGGCCAACGGACGACUGCGAUUCAGUAGAAAGAGACAAAAAUGGUGCUGUUGGCAGCGGCGGUGUGCACCAAGGCUGGUAAGGCCAUAGUAUCGCGUCAGUUUGUGGAAAUGACCCGGACGCGUAUCGAGGGGCUCCUGGCUGCUUUCCCCAAACUCAUGAACACGGGAAAGCAGCACACGUUUGUGGAGACGGAUAGUGUGCGUUAUGUGUACCAGCCACUGGAGAAGCUCUACAUGGUGCUCAUCACCACCAAAAACAGCAACAUUCUGGAGGACCUAGAGACGCUCAGACUCUUCUCUCGUGUGAUCCCAGAAUACUGUCGAGUGCUUGAGGAGGCGGAGAUAUCGGAGCACUGUUUUGACCUGAUCUUUGCCUUUGAUGAGAUCGUUGCCCUCGGAUACAGAGAAAACGUGAACCUGGCACAGAUCCGCACUUUCACAGAGAUGGACUCCCACGAGGAGAAGGUUUUCCGCGCUGUCAGAGAGACUCAAGAACGGGAGGCCAAGGCAGAGAUGAGGAGAAAGGCCAAAGAGUUGCAGCAGGCCAGACGGGACGCCGAGCGCUCAGGAAAGAAAGCUCCAGGUUUUGGUGGUUUCGGCAGCGGCGGAAUGUCCAGUGUCUCCUCAGGGUCCAUCAUCACAGACACCAUCGUGGAACCAGAGAAGCCCAAAAUCACACCUGCUCCUGUCAGACCAAGUGGACCAAGCAAAGCUCUUAAACUGGGCGCUAAAGGGAAAGAAGUUGACAACUUUGUGGACAAACUCAAAUCUGAGGGUGAGACCAUCAUGCCCUCCAGCGGAAAGAGGGGCUCAGACGCAACCAAAGUCCUGCCGCCACCGGUCAAUGUUGAGAGUGUGCACCUGCGAGUGGAGGAGAAGAUCUCUCUGACUUGUGGUCGAGAUGGAGGUCUUCAGAACAUGGAGAUCCUGGGAAUGGUCACACUACGAGUCACAGAUGACAAGAACGGACGCAUCCGCCUCAUCAUCAACAACAACGACGGCAAAGGACUGCAGCUGCAAACACAUCCCAACGUGGACAAGAAGCUUUUCACAGCUGAGUCUGUGAUCGCUCUGAAAAACCCAGAGAAGUCGUUCCCUCUCAACAAUGACGUCGGAGUUCUGAAGUGGAGGCUACAGACCACAGACGAGUCUCUCAUACCUUUAACCAUAAACUGCUGGCCUUCAGAGAGCGGGAGUGGCUGUGAUGUCAACAUUGAAUAUGAGCUACAAGAAGACAGCCUGGAGCUUAAUGAUGUAGUCAUUAGCAUCCCUGUACCGUCUGGUGUGGGGGCUCCGGUGAUUGGGGACCUGGAUGGAGAAUACAAACACGACAGUCGGCGAAACGUCCUGGAGUGGUGCCUCCCGGUGAUCGACGCCAACAACAAGACGGGCAGCCUGGAGUUCAGCAUCGCGGGGCAGCCCAACGACUUCUUCCCCAUCAAUGUGUCCUUUGUGUCCAAGCGCAACUACUGCGACAUCCAGGUUACCAAAGUGGCUCAUGUAGACGGCGACAGCUCUGUUAGAUUCUCUUCUGAAACCUCCUUCGUGGUCGACAAAUACGAAAUCCUGUAAAAUAACAUCAAAAGAAAACCACACAAAUUUUGAAAGUGAAGGGGGAAAAAAAAAAUCAGCAACUUCACGUCUAUAGAGAAAGAUUGAAGAAAACCUGCCUGCCCACCCUGUAUCCGACACCACAGACUGUGCAAAUCGACAGGACUAUGGGAGCUCUCCUGUUUGGAGCAGAGCAGCGGUGGUGUAUUUAUGUUUGUAUAAGAGAGGAUCUGCUAUAUAUAGAUUAAACCAACAUGAAAAUUAAAACUACAUUGAUGCUGUUGUUUUCACUGAGCAGGACUGUAAACACGGAUCGUACAGUAAGUAGAGGAUGACUGGAGCUAAACCGCAGACGAACCAGGAGCAUGUGGCGCCCUCUAAAGACUGGCUCAACUCAUAGCAUUUUUGUGAGCUAGUUUUGCCUCCCGAGAACCAUGCACCAACAAGAUCACACGCCGCUUUUUAACCGUUUAUCCAUAAGUUUGUUCUACUGUGCAUAAAAAGUCUGCGGAUCUGUAGCCUCGUCCAUCAUUUUCUUUAACUGUACCCAUUAUAAAAAGCACUAUAUCUCACAAUUUUAGUAUAAACUGUAGGACGGUGCACUGAGAAACCAAUGAUAAUCUGUUAUUUUAAAGUAAUUAUUGUAUUUUCAUUUACCUCGCAGACCGAUGAUUUAUUCCUUCUAAAAGCGUAGAGGAGGCUGAGCUCGGACCUUUUUUUUUUUGCAGUUACAAUCCGUAAGAGUUGUGGAUCAGCCCAGUUAUUAUUGUCAAUUUUGAUGCUAAAACGUAGGCUUUGUGUCUUUACUUUUGCUGUAUAAUUUGUCAUUUCUCACUAAUCUGUAAAACGCUUUAUAAAGUGAUUUUGUUUGAAGGGGCGCUCGGCAGGAAACGGACUCGGCUUAAGUGAAAUGUUCUUAUCUAUGUUGGUUUAACACUUUCUACCACCUCGUUUGUCUAAUUACUUUGUUUAAAAUGAACGGCAUGUUUCUGUCUGGUUAAUUUACUGUCCCCUAAACAGUAUUUUAAGUUCAACACCAAGCCUUCUUAAUCUGGCGUCCCAUAAGGUAUUAAAAAUGUGAGAUAUUUUGGUUGGGACCGACUGCCGCUCGCACACCCAGUCAUCCUUUACUUACUUACGCAUGAUUCAAACUCCUACUUUUUGUCUUUUAUGUUUUUGUUUUUCAUUUCUACUUCUCUCCAGAGUUCGGUUUAGCCAUGGUUGUGUGGAUGUGGGUUGACAAUGACUAGAUUGAGCAUUUUUAACUGAAGUACUGAAGGGGAAUCCUAACAUUCCAGUGUACAAUUAGAGAAGACUCUUUAAUGGAAUAAAAUGUAUUAUUGAAAAUGU